GCGACGGCCUCGGGCUCCCGGCCCCGAACCUGUCAGACCCGCGGAGCCGGCCGGGAGCUGCGGGCGCUGCAGGCGAGAGAUCAGCUGCGUGCCCCGCGGCUCCGGGCCGAGCGGAGCUAGCCGGACCCACCGAGCCGGCUGGGGGCGGGGAGAUGAGUGGCCGCCCUUCGGUGACUCCCCAGAGAGACGCGCCGCCCCCUCGCGGAGCCACGGCGCCUCCGAGCUGGCCCUGCGCCCGGUGCCGCCCGGAGCUUCGGAACUUGUGGGCUCUGAUGGAGUUCCUUUAAUCUAGGACGCUUCGUUUUCCACAGGAUGGGUAGAGACGCACGGCCGUGCCACCGGGAGCUGGCGCCCCAGUGAAGCAGGAGCCCGCCGGCCGGCCGGCCGCCUGCCGGGAGCCGUUCGUUCGGCGCCGCGGCAGCGCAGCCGCUGCCAUGGCCGGAUCCGGUGCGUGGAAGCGCCUCAAAUCUCUGCUGCGGAAAGAUGAUGCGCCGCUCUUUUUAAAUGACACCAGCGCCUUUGACUUCUCAGACGAGGCGGGGGACGAGGGGCUUUCUCGGUUUAACAAACUUCGAGUUGUGGUGGCAGAUGACGGUUCUGAAACCCCGGAAAGGCCUAUUAACGGGGCGCACCUGGCCCUCCAGGCCGACGAUGAUUCCUUGCUGGACCAGGACUUACCCUUGACCAACAGUCAGCUGAGUUUGAAGGUGGACCCCUGUGACAACUGCAGCAAACGGAGGGAGUUGCUGAAGCAGAGAAAAGUGAAAACCAGACUGACCAUUGCUGCCGUUCUGUACUUGCUUUUCAUGAUUGGAGAACUUGUAGGUGGAUACAUUGCAAAUAGCUUAGCAAUCAUGACAGAUGCUCUUCAUAUGUUAACUGACCUAAGUGCUAUUAUACUGACCCUGCUUGCUUUGUGGCUGUCUUCAAAAUCACCAACCAAAAGAUUCACCUUUGGAUUUCAUCGCUUAGAGGUUUUAUCAGCUAUGAUUAGUGUGCUGUUGGUAUAUAUACUUAUGGGAUUCCUCCUGUAUGAAGCUGUCCAAAGAACUAUCCACAUGAAAUAUGAAAUAAAUGGAGAUAUCAUGCUUAUUACUGCAGCUGUUGGAGUUGCCGUUAACAUAAUAAUGGGGUUUCUGUUGAACCAGUCUGGUCACCAUCAUGCCCAUUCCCACUCCCUGCCUUCAAAUUCUCCUACCACAGGUUCUAGAUGUGGACACCACCACGGGCAGGAUAGCUUGGCAGUGAGAGCGGCAUUUGUUCAUGCUUUGGGGGAUUUGGUUCAAAGUGUUGGUGUGCUAAUCGCUGCAUACAUCAUACGAUUCAAGCCAGAAUACAAGAUCGCUGAUCCCAUCUGUACAUAUGUGUUUUCCUUACUUGUGGCUUUUACAACAUUUCGCAUCAUAUGGGACACCAUAGUUAUAAUACUAGAAGGUGUACCAAGGCAUUUGAAUGUAGAGUAUAUCAAAGAAGCCUUGAUGAAAAUAGAAGAUGUUCAUUCAGUGGAGGAAUUAAAUGUCUGGUCUCUCACUUCGGGAAAACCCAUGGCCAUCGUACACAUACAACUAAUUCCUGGAAGUUCAUCUAAAUGGGAGGAAGUACAGUCAAAAGCCAAGCAUUUAUUACUGAGCACGUUCGGUAUGUAUAAAUGUACUGUUCAGCUUCAGAGUUACAGGCAAGACGUGGACAGAACUUGCGCAAACUGUCAGAGUUCUGGUUCCUAAUUUUAGAUGUUUGGGGGACGAUUGCCUUACUCACCCUGCAGUCACAGACGUGAGAGCAAUAAGUGCACACCUAAGUGAGAACAUGGGAUUCCUGACAGCUGUGUCCAUGCCACUCACCGAUCUGCCAGCCUGCAAGUGCUCGUCUCUGUUGAUGGGAAAAGGAGACUCCACCAUGAUUUGUAGAUGAAGAUGUUUCCAAAACAUUGUUUACAGGAUGAGAUGUGACUCCACAGAUACCUCAGAGAAGACAAUCCAAGACCAUACUUCAUUAAUUACAGCAGAGUGUAUGUCAUAAAGGAAGCAUCAAGAAUUCUGUAUUCACAUUCAAAAACCCUUUUUAAAGCCCAUUUUAUAUCAAGCCAUGCUGGAAAACUGAAUUUUUUAAAACAUAAUCUUGACACUCAGCUUCUGGAAUUUGACACCCAACUCUCUUUUUACAGAAAUUAUUUCUCAACAGAUUUCAGAAAGUACUAGUAAUUAUCCAGAGUGGAAUAAGCAUGUAUUCCAUAGUGUUUCAGAAAAGUUUUAUUUCACAAAUAAGUCUUAAUGUUAUUGUGAUACCUUAUAAACAAAUUUUUCCAAAUGUUACAGGGUUCUGAAUCUCAAAGUUAACACUUUUGGUUAUUUGUAAUCUUAUCAGAACCAAAUUUUUGUCACUGUCAUUAAAUUGCUAAGGAAACAUUUUCAGUAUUAUUCUGAAUGGCAGAAGUUAGUCUUAAACUGAAAUUACUAUAUGAUCAUUUAAACAAAAUAUAGGUGCGAGGAUGGGGUAUGAAGUUUCAGAUUUAGGUCUUCUUGAAAUUACUUUUAUUGUUCAUGGAAUUUAUCUUAAGAACAGCGUGAGACUGUAAAACGUAAACGAUGCUCUGUCCUCUUAAGAACUACCUUACGUUUUAUACAGAAGGUUUGCUUGGUACCUUUCUUCCUGCCUCCAUGCCAGUUAGUCUGUGUGUGCACUUUCAGGGUGGAGCUCUGUGGGGGCUAAGGUUCAGUUUGGGGUACCCGCCUCUCAAAUGUAGAUUAACUGCGUUCCGCCAGGGAGAGUUUCUGUUUGAUGAUACGGGUUAGGGGUUCUCCAUGGACUGUGGAAACCAUAAGAUAUAAUUUUGAGGUUUUCCAAUAGUACCAUAGUAGAAAUACCAAAAGAGAUUGGGUAAAGAUAUUACUCUGAGAAGACAAAACCUUUAAGGGUUUUUGACUCGUGUGUGUGUGUGUGUGUGUGUAUUUGUGUUUUAAAGCCCCAGAGUAGGAUGGACAUUAAAUCUGUGUGGUAGGGAGGUUGAGCAUAAAAGUCUCUAAGCAGAAGGCAACCUAAUUAAUAACAGUUGUAUUAACCAGUUGUGAAUAUUCAUGUUUCAUUUUGCAACUGUUGGUUUUGCUGUUGUCUUUGUGCACCUUAAUAAUCUAUUUUCAGCAGAGAAUCAGAGUAAAGUAACAAUGUCCCAGACAGGUUGUGAAAUGAAAUCUUAGAUAGACAAGCAGAUGACUUAAAACAUAGGUGAAGAUUAUGAAACAGAUUUCAUCUUUCUACCAAGUAUCUCACUGUAAGUAACCCUAAGACAAAACCUGGAUUUACCUAAAAGAUUGUUAAGAGUUGAUGGUAUCCAACAAAAGAGUUGAUGAGGGUUAAUGGUACCUAAUAAAGCCCAGCAUUGGUGAAUUGAAUGGAAAAUUUUAUAGAAUUCUUAUUAUGAACCCAUUUAAAAUAAUGGUUUGAAUUUUUCAAAAAUUUCAGGAGAUAUAAACUGUUUAAAUAAAAAAUACUCUUAAAUAUAGAAGGCAAGUAAGAAUAAAUGAGAGGCAUGUCAGUGCACAUCCGGGCAUCUAUUGACUUUGUGUCCCUGCAAGAGAAAGGAGGAGCAUGUGCAGUGUGUGGUCGUGGCUGCUCCCACACCUGCAGUCGUUUCCCACAUCUGCUGAGCUUGUUUCUCGUUACCAGUCCUUUAUCUAAAGUGGGUAUGUCUCACUUUUCACAUCAACCUGUCCCUUGAAAAGUUAUUGGGUAAAAGUCUAAAAUCCAUUUGAGGAUUGAAAAGGAUCCCUUUGUAAAAUAUAUAAACACUGAAAACUUCUGUGAGUCUUAAUUAUUAUGUUCUAUUUAAAUUAAGUACACAAAGUUUUCUGUGCUUUUUUCUUGUAGCAAGAACUACAGAUUUUGUACUUUACUGGGUCUGUGAGAUUUGAUAAUUGACAGAUUUAAUUUUUUAUAAUUUGACAAAAGCUGCAGAGAAAGGUGUAAACUUAACCGAUGCAAGCAGGGACUGCCCAGCUUAUGAAACAGAGCCUUCGAUCUGUCCUCCAGCCACCGAGGGCCAGCCCCCAGCUCCACUCCUCAGCCAGCUCUCAGAGGAAGGGCGGUCCAUGCACCACGGUUCAUUUUGCAACUGUGAAAACAGAUCAUAACAUAAAAACCGGGCCGCUCUGCAGUGCAACAUGUUUUAAUUAACAUUUGCAAAUGAUCAAAGUUAGUUGUAUACCUAAACCUGUGUUUCACAACUCUGGCCAGAUGUAGCCUUCUGAUUUAUUUUAGGGAAAGGCCUAUUGUUUGUUGAUGACCGUGCUGCCUUAGAAGUACAAUGUGGGGAAUACAGUUGAAGGAGGCAUAUUUCAGAGAACUUUGAAAUGCAGAACCAGAAGUGACUGUAAUUCCCACAUACACUUUCCAUUAGCUAUGCCUGUGUAACAUGAGCCCAGAUUUUCACAGCUUGUGGCUCCCAACAGUAUUAUUUACCAACUCACUGGAUUUCUUAUUUUUCUGUUUCUUUUUCAAUGUUGGAUGCUUUAUUGCCAUUUUCUAAAACAAAGUUUCCUGAUCUUAGGAGUCUUGGUAUUCUGGUUCAGUCUCUCGAACUAGAUGUCCCCACAGACAGUGUUUAUCUUUGGUAGAAUUUUCCCAGAAUAGACAUAAGCUUCCCUUUUAUUUUAAUGUGAGGAAAAACCAUCUUUCAGAGACAAUGCACCACUUAUAAAAGGGUACAUUGUCUUAUAAAAGUGUUUCUAGGUAAGGAAAACCUUUUUUUUUUACCAGCUGGCUGUUCCUGAUCCGGGUUCCCUGCGCACUAAAUAAGGGCGACAGAAACUGACUGUGAGGACUGCGCAACCGCACGCGAGGGUCGCUGCUAGUGCGGCCCUGGGUUGCGUUUCUCCAGCAACCACUCCCGCUGUUCUAGGAGAGAUCAUCAUUCACUUCUGAAGCAAGCACAAUUAGCUAGAUAUAUUUUCUUUGUAUGAUUAGUUCAUCAUAAUGAAUAAGGUAUUCUUACAGAAUUUGAGCCCCUUUAAAAUAAGCUUUUAGGCAAUUUUUUUUGUUGACUAUACCUUGCAUAUAGUAAAUUUAGCAUUACAGAAUAUGUUCAUAUGUAUAGGAUCAGUUCACAAAUCCUUGGUUCAGUUUGUCUUUGAACUGCACUGAACUCAUGAGCCACGUUUGGGUAUUAGUCACAUGGAUAGUGACACCCUGCUGUAUGCUGUGUUGAGAGGAGGCAGGUCUGAUCUCCAAGUCACUGAUUAAGCUUAAUAUCUUUCUAACCAAAAUACCAUUUGUAAACUUGAACUGCAGAUCUGUUAGGUGACUCCCCCCAGGCAGGGGUUCAGGUUUGUUUCACAGAUCAGCAACCAGGGAUAUUGGUGGUGGUGGUGCUGGCGGGAGCACGGAAGUUGGAGAGAAGAAACUGGGAGUUCCACAGCGUUGACUUGUGUCUGUGCAUUAGGGCCGGCCUGUCGCUGAAUUCUGGCUGACAGUGGGUUUAACCCAUUCUUCUAAUCAUACUGUGAGGACCAACCAAAGGUUUCUGAUUUUCUGCAAGACUGGAAAACAUUUAUGGAGACUUUCUCUGACAGUGUCAAUUUAAAUACUGCAGUGAAAUCCAUGCUGAAAUAACUGCAACAGAACAUUGGACUGUGCCGGUGCGUCCUCUUUGUACUGGAAGAUACUGUGUAUCUGGAAAGCCGUGCUGCCCCAUGUAAACACGAGUUAUUAAGUAAGCCAUAUCAUAGUUUUAAGAAAUUGUAUAUACUUUUACAUCUACCCUUUCAGAAACCAGUAUUUUGCAUAUGAUUGAUUUUAGAAAGUUUUUGAAGCUGGUGUUUGUCCAUGUAAUUUAAAAUCAAAGUAUAGUAUAUGUAUAUGUACUGUAUUUGCAACUUUUAAAUUGUAAUUUCCUGUACAUUUAUUAAAUAAAGUAUUGUUUUGCCAUGUGGUUUAUUAGAAUAGAAAUGUACAGUCCCUUAAAUUAAAUUUCCAAGUUUUUUAAUUGACGGAGUAAUAGUAGUAGGUCUUAAAACAUAAUCUUCUUAAAAAGAAAAGCACUAGGAAAUAGAUAACCUAUCUAGUUUUAUAAUCUCAGGUUACAACACCACCUUAGGUGUCUAAGAAAUGAGCCUGAAAAAAAUCAGAUAGGAUAAAAGAUAUUAAAAGAAUCUUCAUCUUUUUAGGUUCUAUCAGUCACUUUUAAUGUCCCUCUAGCCCCUGCAACACCGGCAGAAAGAACAAGAAGCCCCAGAAAAAGUAAGAUGGGUGAGGACCGCUGCGAAGCCAGAAAGCAAUGAGCCGAUGUCCCGAGAGUGUGGCUAGGGGUCGGCAAACCGUGCCUCGCAGGCCAAGUCUGGCCUACAGCCUGUCCUGUGUGGCCCAAAGAACUGAGAAUGGUUUUUACAUUUUAAAAUGGUUUUUUAAAAAUAAUAAUAUUGUAUGAUGUGAAAAUCCUAUGAACUUUAAAUGUCAAAGUCUGUAAAUAAAGUGUCACUUAAACACAGCCACACUCAUGCGAUCAUACCACAUAUCGUCUGGCCGCUGUCAUGCUGCGGUGGCAGAGUAGUUACAGAAGUAUGAAACCUGUAUCAUCGGUCCCUCCACAGGAGAAGGUUGGCCGCACAUGGUGUCACUGUUGAAGGCUGUCGCCGCGUACUUAGAUGCAGCAAGCCCUUCAAGAGCCCACUUAGAGGUUGUUGGACUGGUACUUCUGAAGCUACCUGAGUCAGCAGAGGUUCUUUUCUUCCCUUGACCUUUUUUCUUUUCUUUAUCCCCCUUGGAGUUUGGGGAAGAAAUAUAGGAGAAGAGUAGCAACAUUUCAAAUAUGACCUAUGUACCAUAUGCUGCACCUAACGUUCACUAGCAAAGCAGCUUCCUACCCAGAACACCACGAUCACAAGAAUCAUGUAACAAUGCUUUUCAUAAUAAAGCUUUAUUCCCUUGAUUUUUGGAAUUUUUCACUAAAGUUAUAACCAAAAUAAAGGAAAUAAAAAUGUAUGUUGAGUACCUUAUGUAGUUUGUGCCAACUGAAAGCUCACAAAUGAAAAAUAACAUUUUAUCUGUUAAAUAAGAUGAAAAUUGGUUGUGAGGCUUUUAAAAUGGUUUUUUAAGUUUUCUAGUUACCUAGGAAAAGACAACUAUUUUUGCAAAUAGUAAUAAAAUUAAGUUUUAGUUAAGUUAUAGUAGCAAAUAAAGAGAUGUCGCAUGUUGUUUAUCUGCCCAGCUCUAUUUCUAUUUUGAUGUGUCAUUUUUUUGGUUCACGUCAGAUGCUAAAAUAAAGGGUAACAGCCUUGCAA